CUGUAGAGGUACCGCGCUUGCUUGCUGCUUCGCGGCUCGCUCACCUUUGCUUUCUUUCGACGUAAGCCGGUUAUUGUAUUUUACUAUUCUAAAUAUCAUUGGCGCGAAAUAAAUACUUCCAUUGUUAUAAUUGUGAGAUGGCUGGUGUUAAAUCAUUAGCAGUGAGGGGCAUACGAAGUUUUGGUCCCGAGGAAGUUGAUGAACAACGUAUAAUAUUUGAUAAACCUUUGACUCUAAUACUGGGACAAAAUGGUUGUGGUAAAACGACCAUUAUUGAAUGUUUACGCUAUGCUAUCACUGGACAAAUGCCACCGGGCAGUCGCAAUGAAUGCUUUGUACAUGAUCCUAAAGUUAAUAGGAGCACUGAAGUCAUGGCUCAAGUAAAACUAAAGAUUAUGAAUGCUAAAGAUAAACAACUUGAGGUAACAAGGUCGAUGCGAGUAACUGCUUUGCAUAAAAAGAAAUCAAAAUUUCAAACUUUAGAUUCAUUCCUGUCUAUAAUAGAUGAUGAAGGCAAAACAAAAGAUAUAUCAUCAAGAUGUGCUGAUUUGGAUUUUGUGAUGUUUGAAGAACUUGGUGUUUCAAAAGCCAUCCUAAAUUCGGUUAUAUUCUGUCAUCAAGAAGAUUCUAGUUGGCCUUUAGAUGAAGGGAAAAAGGUCAAGGAGCGAUUUGAUGAAAUAUUUGAUGCUGACAAGUAUAGUGAUUGCUUUGACCGUCUAAGAAAAAUUAGGAAAGAUUAUGCCCAGUCCCUUAAAUUACUUGAACAAGAAGUGGCUCAUUUGACUGACAAGAAAGAAGACUUGGACAAAAGGAAGUUGGAUAUGGUCAAUACUGAGUCCAAAAUAUCUGAAAAUGAACUCAAGAUUUCUGAAAUGGCACAAGAACUCAAACCCAUCACUGAAAAAAUAAAAGCUAUCCAGACUUUAGAGAAGAAUUUGGCUACAUUUGAAGCAAAUAAAGAAAAAAUAAAAGCGAGAUUAGAUCACUGUCAAACUCAAGAGGAAGAAUUGAAAAAAGCUAUAAAAAAUAUUUUUGAUGGAACUACACCUGAAUUACAAGAAAAAAUUGCUAACUAUGCAACAGCGCAUAAACAAAAACAAAAAGAACUUGAUGAAUCAUACAAAAAAAACUUUAGUUUUAAUAAAGAAGAAGAAAAAAUUGCAAAUGAAAAAACAUCAAAUGAAAUUAAAUUGAACAAACUGAUUAUGCUUGAGGGUCAAAAUCAAGAGAAAAUUGAUAAAAGAAACAAAAUGGUAGUGGAAACUGCUAAACUUGCUGAAAUUGAUGGUGUAGCAGAGGUAGAGACAAAUGAAGAUGCUGAUAAACUUAUACAAGAAAUAACAAACAAAAUUAAAAGCUUGAAACAGGACCUUAAUGAACUGAAAUCAGUAGCUGAUGGCGAAGAAAAGAAAAUGCAAGUGUUAGUUGAUGAAAGUAGGGAUGCACUUUCGCGUCAUAAACAGAAAAUUUCUAGUAAAGAAUCUGAAAUUAAUAAGAAUAAAAGGGAAGCCAAUAAACUCGAUAGAGAAAUUUCCGAUGCAAAUGAAUCAAAGGUGAAAUUGGAAGCUUUAGAAGCAAAAGUAAAUGCUGCUGAGGAAGAAUACCAACAAGCAAUAAAUGAACUGAAUCCUGAAGAAUGCCAACAGGAAAUUGAUGAUGACAACAAAGCUGUUGAUACACAUGAUAAGGAAAUUGAAGAUUUAGAUGAUAAGAUAACAAAAUUACAAAAGCACAAUGAAAAGGUAAAAGAAAGAGACAUGAUUGAAGGUUCAUUGAAACAAAAAGAGAAACAAUCAUUAGUGUUGAAGAAUAAACACAAGUCGGCAAUCACAGAACUUCUGGGUGAAAUGCCAGAAAAGGACUUUGCAAUCUCCAUAAAUAAGUAUGAGAAUGAUAUACGCAAUGAAGUAGAUACCAUGAAGCAAAAAUUGAAGGAUCAGCAAUUAGAGCAAAAAAGCCUGGAAACAGAACGCAAACAUGUACGGGAGACAUUGAACGAACGUCGCAGCGAACUAACCAAUGCAGAGGACCAGAUAUAUCAAGCUUGUGGUACUCAGUCUUAUACAGCUACAUUAGAAAAGAUUACAAACACAGUGGAGAAAUUACAGGAUGAACAAAAUGUUCUUCAGUCUUCAAUUUUCAUAAUAACUAAAUACAAAGGACAACUCAAGGACAAUAACUGUUGCCCACUAUGCAACCGUGGGUUUGAGACUGAAUCUGAGAUUACCGAUCUCAUAUCGCAAAUGACAACGCAAGUAAUGAAUGUACCAGCCAAGCUGGAAAAAGUCACUGAAGAGUUACAAAAAGCGUCUGCGAAGAAGGAUGAAUUAAUAAGCAUGAAAUCACUUAACGAAAGGAUUAUCACACUGAAGGAAACUGAUAUUCCGCAGUUAGAGACUCGACUGAAAGACAUCGAACAGAAAAUAUCGAGCUUAUCCCAGUCAUCAGAAGAAUUAUCAAAUAAACUCAUUGAGCCGGAACAAAAGUUGCAAACUGCAAAACUGCUUCAAGGGGAAAUGCCAUUACUUGACAGAUGCAAUCAAGACAUAAAGUCUAUUUCUAAUAUGUUGGAGACUGCGCAAGCACAAUGUGCGGAUUUAGGUUUCAAUAUGACUUUGGAAGAUGCAAAUGCAAAAAAGAUAGAUCUAAGACAAAAAAUUUCAACACUGAAAGCUCGAGUCAAGACAAGCCAAAGAAAGCUAAAUGCACACACUAAAAAAAUACAAACUAUGGCCGACAAAAAGAAUAAGUUAAAGGAACAAUGCCUCAAUGUGCAGAAAAAGGUUCAAGAAAUAGUGAACCUGCAAGAGAAAAAGAAGCAGAUAGAAGCUGAUGCAGAAAAAUUUUUAGAGGAGUUAAAGGAACUUCAAGAGUCUAUCGCGCCUUUGGAAGCUAAUCUCAAGGAAAAGGAAGCUGCGAAAAAUGAAACUGUAAAAAAACACAGAGAUAUUGUCGACACCAAGAAUAAUUACAUAGUAAAAGUGGUAAAUGAGUUUGAUAAAGUUAAGACUAUACUCUCUGAAAUAAAACAACACAAAGAUAGAAAUAUUCCUCGUGAAAUGGAGAAGAUAAAAGAAGCCAACGACAAGCUUAUGGAGAAACAAAAGCAAAUCAUGAUCGACAGAGAUGAACUGACAAAAAAGAUUGAUAGUUUGAAAGAUGAAAUUGCCAAACAAGAGAUCUACAAACGAGAUCUAGACGACAAUUUAAAAUUGCGAAAAACCCAAGAAGAGAUCGGGAAUUGUCACAAGGAGGAAGAAAAGAACAAUGAGAGAAUGAGUGGUGUGAAUAUGGACACAUUGUCAGAAAAGGAAUCAUUAAUAACUAAACAGACGAAAUUGUUCCGUGAAAAGGCACAAAUUGAGGGGAGUUUGAGUGAACAACAGGAUAGAUUGAGACAAAUUAAACUAGAAGUAAAAAAACUUCAAAAUAAAGAUAUAGAAAGAAAGUAUAGAGAGAAGUACUAUGAAUUCAACGUCACUAAAGCCAUGGAUAAAGACAUCAGGGAUUACUCAGUCGCGCUGGAGAAAUGUCUAAUGGAAUUCCAUAAAGAAAAAAUGGAAAACAUUAAUCUCAUCAUCAGAGAGAUGUGGCGAAAAAUAUAUAGAGGAAACGAUAUUGAUUAUAUUGAAAUAAAAACCGAAAGUAGUAUGACUGCUGAUUCGGAUCGCCGCAAAUAUGACUACAGAGUGGUGCAAUGUAAGAACAAUGUAGAAAUUGAUAUGCGUGGCAGAUGUAGUGCAGGACAAAAAGUUUUAGCGUGUCUUAUUAUAAGAUUGGCACUUGCCGAGACAUUCAGUUCCAGAUUCGGAAUCUUAGCCUUGGAUGAGCCUACAACAAAUUUGGACCAAGAGAACAUCAGGAGCCUUUGUUCAGCGCUUGGCGAAAUAGUACAAGAGCGAAUGACACAGAAAAACUUCAUGUUCAUCAUCAUCACACAUGACAGGGAGUUUAUUGAAUCUCUUGGUAACAUCGACAAAGUGUCGCAUUAUUAUGAAGUGUCUAGAAAUGAUGAAGGCAAAUCCAGAAUUAAAAGGAUUCGAUUCUCAUAAAUGUAGUGUUUAAUUACAACUUUAUAAAAAGCAGCCAUUCCUUACAGUUAGAUGUAUUUUCUCUAGUAAGUGUUAAGAAGGCUGUGCCUUACAGAAUAACAGAAUACAUUAUUAUCUUGAUUAUCUUAUAAGAAAUUUAUCAUUAAAUUUUUUUUACGCAA